CUCGGUUUCACAUCCACGGAAGGGGCUUUCCCUUGGUGCCAUCCCCGGGUCCUGUCCGCACAGGUGGCUGAGCGCAGGAGGCACUGGAGCGGGUGUGCCGCCCCGCCCGUCCCGCGCCCGGGCACCGAGAACCCACGUGAUUUCCCAGCAGAGGCAGCCGGCUCCGAGAGCCCGCCGCCGGGCUGCUCCGCGCCUGCUUUCAGUUUCAUGUGGAGCGCGGCAAAGCCGGGAGCGCAGCCGGAGCCUGUCCUAUGGAAAGAAUCUGAAAAUCCAGCUCCAGGACUUGGCCCAGGAACUCAGGAGACCCUCUCUGUGGACAUCCUAGAACAUCUAUGAUGAACCAGGGAGCCAGGGCUGGUUAUUUUUAAAGAGCUAAUGUCUUACUCAAAGGGGACAGAGCACUCAUGGUGGAAACAAAGGCAUCAUGUUAGACUGGCUGGGGGAGAAAUUUGAAUUUGAAGGACUUUCCCCGAAAUUAUAUCAUCCAGGCACUCCUCACUUCUGCCUGGCACCUUGCUGCCCUGGAUGAGUUCUUUAUGGGCCGCAUGGACUUUGGACACUCUAGCCCGGAAAAGAAGCCAUGCCGUAAGCGCCAAGAUCACACAGAAGCCAGGGAUUAGCCCUUGUCUGGUGCCACCUAGGGUUGCCAAGCCUUGGAAAUUAACUGGUCUGAGAGCUCACCUGUCCCCCAGCUCACCUUCGCAGCUUACCCGCCUACCUGGUCCCUGCAGGGUCAGCUCCUCAUGGACCCCUUUAGCCUCCAACUGGGCACCAAGAACCUGCAUGGAUAUCUCGUGAGGCUGCUCAGCAGAAACCUAGGAUGGCUAGACACCAAGGUGAAGUUAUUCCUCCCCAGCGUGGACCUGGGCUCCAGAUAUCAGGCCCUAGACCCCACACAGAGGGUCAUCCUGCAACUCCAAAAACUGCAUGCCCAGGGUCCGACCACCUGGAAGUCAUUCAUCCAGUGCGUGUGCAUGGAGCUGGAUGUGCCAAUGGACAUGGAGGUGCCACUGAUGAGCACAUGGGGCCACGAAGAUGGCUUCCCCAGUCUUCUGGAAAUUGGCGAGGAAAGCCAAUCAGACUCUCAGCUCCACCCUGGCCUCAAGCGGACUCAUCAGAGCUGUGGGUCCUCACCUCGCCCGAAACAGUUCAGGAAGCAGCAACAAGAGUUGGCCAAGAGGUACCUGCAGCUACUGAGAACUUCUGCCCAGCAGCGCUAUGGCGACAGGACCCCCGGGCUGGGACAGCCAUUGGCCUUCCACCAAGCCUACGUCCCUCCAAUCUUGCAAUGGAGCCGGGCCUCGGCGCCCUUCCACACUCAGGAGGGUGCCACAACAGGGAACCCCAAGGCAGAAGACGGCACCGAUGUGAACAUUCGGGACCUCUUCAGUACCAAGGCCAGCAAGGGCCCAAGAGUGAUAGUGCUUCUGGGUAAGGCAGGCAUGGGCAAGACCACGCUGGCCCACCGGCUCUGCCAGAAGUGGGCUGAUGGUCAGCUGGACCGCUUCCAGGCUGUGUUCCUUUUCGAAUUCCGGCAGCUCAACCUGAUCACAGGUUCCUUGACGCUGCCGCAGCUCCUUUUCGACAUGUACCUGAGGCCCGAGGCCAGCCCGGAGGCCGUCUUCCAGCACCUGAAGGAGAACGCGGAGGGAAUCCUGCUGAUCUUCGACGGGCUGGACGAGAUCCUCCAGCCCUGCUCCGACAAGGAGACCGCGGACCCCGAGGACCCAGCGUCAGCCCUCACCCUCUUCUCCCGCCUCUGCCGUGGGACCCUGCUGCCUGGCUGCUCGGUGAUGGCCACUUCUCGUCCAGGGAAGCUGCCCGCCUGCCUGCCCACCGAGGUGGCCACGGUCCACAUGUGGGGCUUCGACGGCCCGCGGGUGGAGGAGUAUGUGAACCACUUCUUCAGCGACCAGCCGUCCCAGGAGGCGGCCCUGGCGGAGCUGCGGAUGGACAGACACCUCUGGAGCAUGUGUGCAGUGCCCGCUCUGUGCCGAAUUGCCUGCCUCUGCCUCCAUCACCUGCUCCCUGGCAGGUCUCCAGGCCAGUCUGCGGCCCUCCUGCCCACCAUGACGCAGAACUACGUGCAGAUGCUCCUCACCCUCAACCCCGAAGGGGUCCUGUGGGCUGAGCCCCUGCUGGGUCUCGGGGAGGUGGCCCUGAGUGGCCUGGAGUCAGGGAAGGUCAUCUUCUCUGCAGGAGACAUCCCUGCAUCCACCCUGGCCUUUGGGGCUGCCCUCGGUCUGCUGACCUCCUUCUGCGUGUGCAUGGGGCCCGGGCACCAGGACACAGGCUACGCCUUCUCCCACCUCAGCCUGCAGGAGUUCUUUGCAGCCCUGCACCUGAUGGCCAGCCCCCAGGUGGACAGAGAGACCCUCAGCCAACACAUCACCCUCCAUUCUCGCUGGGUGCAGCGGACCAAGGCCAGACUGGGCCUGUCGGACCACCUGCCCACCUUUCUGGCCGGCCUGGCAUCCCGUGCCUGCCGCUCCUUCCUCAGCCUCCUGGCUGAGCAGGAGGAGGAGUGGGUGGCUGCCAAGCAGGAGGUAGUCCUGCAGGCGCUGAAGAAGUUGGCCACCCGUCGGCUCACGGGGCCCAAGGUUGUAGAGCUGUGUCACUGUGUGGGUGAGACGCAGGAUCCUGAGUUGGCCAGCUUCAUGGCCCACAGCCUCCCCCAGCAGCUGCCCUUCCACAAUUUCCUGCUGACCUACGCUGACCUGGCCUCCCUGACCAACAUCCUGGGGCACAGGGAUGGCCCCAUCCACCUGGAUUUUGAGGGCUGCCCCUUGGAGCCCCGCUGCCCUGAAACCCUGGCAGGCUGUGGGCAGGUAGAGAAUCUCAGCUUUAAGAGUAGGAAGUGUGGGGACGCCUUUGCAGAAGCCCUCUCCAGGAGCUUGCCAACGAUGGGGAGCCUGAAGAAGCUGGGGUUAGCAGGAAGUAAGAUCACUGCUCAAGGCAUCAGCCACCUGGUGGAGGCUUUGCCCUUCUGCCCACAGCUGGAGGAGGUCAGCUUCCAGGACAAUCAGCUCAAGGACAGGGAAGUGCUAAACAUCGUGAAGGUACUCUCUUGCCUACCACGGCUCCAGAAACUUGACCUGAGCCGCAACAAUGUCUCCGUGUCAACACUACUCUCCUUGACAAAGGUGGCGGUCACGUGCCCUACCGUCAGGAUGCUGCAGGUCAGGGAGACGGACCUCAUCUUCCUCCUCUCCCCGCCCACAGAGACAGAUCCUGAGCUACAAGGAGACCCAGACUUACAGGGAAAUGCCAACCAGAGGAAAGAGGCUCAGAGGAGAAGCCUGGCACUCAGGCUCCAAAAGUGUCAGCUUGGGGUCCAUGAUGUGGAGGUGCUCAUAGCCCAGCUGCGGGAAGGCCCUCAACUGGAUGAAGUGGACCUCUCAGGGAACCAGCUCAAAGAUGAAGGCUGUCAACUGAUGGCAGAGGCUGCUCCCCAACUGCACAUCACAAAGAAGCUGGACCUCAGUGACAAUGAGCUUUCUGUGGCCGGGGUGCUGGGAGUACUGAGUGUGGUGAACACGUGCCAAACCCUGACAGAGCUACAUAUCAGCCUGCUGCACAAAACUGUGGUCUUCACGUUUGCCCCAGAGCUGGAGGAGCAGGAGGGGAUCCAGAAGAGGGCUACGUUUCCUGACAGCCUUAUGUUCCAGAUGUCCUCUGAGCCAUCUCUGCGCUCCCCGAGGAUCAGGCUGACGCACUGUGCCCUGCAAGCCCAGCGCCUGGAGCUGCUCUGCAAAGUGCUGGGAGGAAGUUGCCGCCUCGGUCACCUUGACUUAUCAGGCAAUGCUCUGGGGGACGAAGGUGUGGCCCUGCUGGCUCGGCUGCUCCCAGGACUGGGUUCUCUGCAGUCCUUGAACCUCAGUGAGAACCAUUUGUCCCUGGAGGGUGUGUUCAGUUUGACCCAGUGCUUCUCUACUCUGCGGUGGCUUCUACAUUUGGAAUUCAGCUCUGCGAGCCAACACGUUAUCCUGAGAGGUGACAAAAGAGGCAGGGAUCUGUUGGCUGCUGGAUCUUUGCCAGAGUUGCGAGCUGGAGCCCGGUUGGGAUUUGGUCAGCGCCACGUCCCCAGGAGCUUCUGCCUCAAGGAAUGUCAGCUGGAGCCCCUGAGCCUCUCCCACCUCUGCAAGUCUCUGGAGAAGUGCCCAGGGCCCCUGGAAGUCCAAUUGUCCUGCGAGGUGCUGAGUGACCAGAGCCUGGAGACCCUGCUGCACCACCUACCGCAGCUCCCCCAGCUAAGCCUGCUGCAACUGAGCCAGACGCAACUGCCUCCAAGGAGCCCCCUCCUGCUAGCUGACCUCUUCAGCCUGUGCCCACAGGUUCAGAAGGUGGAUCUCAGGUCCCUGCGUCAUUUGACCCUGCAUCUCAGGUGUAGUGAGGAGCAGGAAGACAGGUGCUGUUGCAGGUUUACUGACUGCGGCCUCCGCCAGGAGCAUGUGGAGCCGCUGUGCGGGUUGCUGAGCAAGUGUGAAGACCUCCACCAGCUGGACCUCUCAGCAAACCUGCUGGGUGAUGAUGGGCUCCGGUGCCUCCUGGAAUGUCUCCCCAAGGUGCCCGUCUCCGGUUCGCUCGAUCUAAGCCACAACAGUAUGUCUCAGGAAAGCGUCUUGUGCCUGGUGGAGGCUCUCCCCUCCUGUCCACGUGUCCGGGAGGCCUCAGUGAACCUGGGCUCCAAGCAGAGCUUCCAGAUUCACUUCUCCCGACAGGAGGAGGCUGGGAAAACACUGAGGCUGAGCAAGUGCCACUUCAAGCCAGAGCACAUGCCCAGACUGGCCGCCAGCCUGAGCCAGGCCCUGCAGCUGGCGGAGCUCACGCUGACCUGGUGUUUCCCGGGCCUGGAGCAGCUGAUCGUCCUCCUGGGUCUGCUAACGUGGCCGACGGGGGUGCUCACUCUCAGGGUGGAAGAGCCGUGGGUGGGCAGAGCCGGGGUGCUCACGCUGCUGGAAGUCUGUGCCCAGGCCUCAGGCAACAUCACCGGAAUAAGCAUCUCUGAGACCCAGCAACAGCUCUGUAUCCAGCUGGAAUUUCCCCAUCAGGAGAACCCAGAAGCCGUGGCCCUCAGGCUGGCUCACUGUGACCUGGGAACCCACCAAAACCUCCUCACCAGGAAGCUGAUGGAGACAUGUGCCCGGCUGCGGCAGCUCAGCUUGUCCCAGGUGAACCUCUGCGAUGCCAGCUCUCGGCUGCUGCAAAGCCUCCUGUCCCUCUCUGAGCUGAAGAACUUCCGGCUGACCUCCAGCUGUGUGAGCUCCAAGGGGCUAGCCCUCCUGACAUCUGGUCUAAGCCAUUGUCACCUUCUGGAGGAGCUAGACUUGUCUAACAAUCAACUUGGAGACGAGGGCACCAAGGUGUUGUUGGGGGCCCUUGAGGGCAAGUGCAGGCUGAAGAGACUUGACCUCAGCCACCUGCCACUGGGCGGCUCCACCCUGGCUGUGCUCACUCAAGGACUAGGCCACAUGACACUCCUGCAGAGCCUCCGUUUGAGCAGGAGCAACAUCAAUGACGUCGGCUGCUGCCACCUUUCGAAGGCUCUCAGAGCUGCCACCAGCUUGGAGGAGCUGAGCUUGAGCCACAACCAGAUCGGAAACACCGGUGCCCAGGACUUAGCUGCUGUCCUGCCGGGGCUCCCUGAGCUCAGGAAGAUAGACCUCUCAGCAAAUGGCAUCGGCCCAGCAGGUGGAGCACGGUUGGCAGAAUCUCUCACCCUUUGCAGGCACCUCGAGGAGCUGAUGCUUGGCAGCAAUGCCCUGGGAGACUGCACAGCCCUGGGUCUGGCCAAGGGGCUGCCCCGGCACCUGAGGGUCCUGCACCUGCCAUCCAGCCAUCUGAGCCCAGAGGGGGUGCUGAGUCUGGGCCAGGCCCUGGAUGGAUGCCCACACGUGGAAGAGAUCAGCUUGUCAGAGAACAGCCUGGCCGGAGGGGUCCCACAUUUCCAUCAGGGGUUCCCAGUGCUCCGGAAGCUUGACCUGGUGUCGUGUGAGAUUGACAACCAGACUGCCAAGCCCCUCGCCGCCAGCUUCGUGCUCUGUCUGGCCCUGGAAGAAAUCACGCUGUCCUGGAAUCUGCUCGGGGAUGAAGCAGCUGCUGAGCUGGCCCGGGUCCUGCCGCAGAUGGGCCGGCUGAAGAGAAUGGACCUGGAGACAAAUCGGAUCACAGCUUAUGGAGCCUGGCUCCUGGCUGAAGGGCUGGCACAGGGAUCUGGCAUCCAAGUCAUUCGCCUCUGGAAUAACCGCAUUCCCCCAGACAUGGCCCAGCAUCUGCAGAACCAGGAGCCCAGGCUGGACUUUGCUUUCUUUGACAACCAGCCACAGGUCAUCCCUCGGGGUACCUGAUGGUGCCCUCAAGUCCCUUUGAAUCCAGCCGAGUGAUGCCAGUUUUCAUCCACGAGGAUAGAGGGCUUAUGAAAAAAGCUGGCUGUCCCUGGAUCAAGAGGGAGAAACACGCUUUUCCUGCAACAGUCUUCAGGGAGGACAUUUUUGGUGACAAAGAGUGGAGUAUGACUACCCUACAUCCCUUGGGACAUGCAUGACUAGUCAGGAACAUGAAGCAAAAUGAGCGUGUCAUGGUGUGGUGUGUGAUGUGGAAGGUCACACGUGGCGACAUUCCAUGUGACAUUGCAUGAUACCUGAAAUGUGGCCUGUGGGUCGAUGGCAUGGGUCCCGGCACUACAUGUGAUGGGUGGUGCAUAUAUGAGACGUGACAAAUGUCCAGGUCUUGUGCCAUGUGACUGGCCAUAUUCCCUCAGGCUGGUCCAAGAUCUAAUUUAUUACUUUUUAAGACCAAAUCUGUAUUUAUAAAUUGCAUUUCCAGAGCAGCUAAACCAGGGAACGUCUUCUGCCCAGAAUGGGCUGGGGAGACUGUCCAAGCACUGACAAGCCAGGGAUUUAGCCAUAAGGCUUCUGAAUGAGUGUCUUCCUGCCUCAAGUCUCAGUUUUCCCAUCUUUAAACUGGAUCACCCCCUUUCCCUUAAUUUCCAAGGACUUUGGGCCCAGCUCCAGGUCGUGCCAGCAUGACCUUGGACAGGCCCAGUCUGUGUGGUGUAAGGGACGAAGCUAGGCCUAAGGGUGCAGGGAGUGGGGACUGUCAAGACAGUCAGGAAAGACUGCUGGAUCCAGCCACUACCUCAGCGCAAUCUGCACAAGCGCCCAGGGGCUGCCGGCUACACCGCAUCCACAUUACUUCCAAGAGCGGCCAAGGGUGGUCCUGCUGCACUGUAAGCCUAGUUUGACCAAUAAAUGUGGGUGAUCUUCCA